GUAUUUUUAUUUAAAAAAAAAGGGUGUGUGGACAAUUCGCGUCGCAAGCUAGGGAAAAAAGGAAAUAGGAAAAUAAACUUCUCAUUGUGAUCACGGUACUCUCUUUUCAGUACCGCAGGGGAUCUGGGAUCGGGAGAGUGUUUCACGCAACAAGUGUGUUGCGUAACAGUUUUUCGUUACUAAGAAAUUGAAUUCCGAGAAGUUUGCUGUUCGACGUGUCCUUCGGGCUGCAGCUGAGCUUUGUAUCAAGGAAGUAACUUCUUACGUUUUAUAUGUAAACUUCUUGAAAGUAAAAGCGGGAUAAAGAUGGAAAGGAGGUUAACGAGGUUUCAUCUUUUUAACUGUGAUAAUACGUACAACUUGAAUUCAGUUGAAGCUUUACUGCUCGAAAUGGAGGAUAAACUCAAUUUAAAGAUUGCAGUUGAAAAGCAUUAUUUUCACCUGCAUCAGAUGACGGAGAUAUGUGAAACUGCCAUCCCUAAACUACUGAUGGAUGUUGCCAUUUUUGUCGUUCAUGCUCACGAAUCUCGGCUGUUCAUCAACGAGGACAACGCUGGAAUUGGUUACGCGAGAUUCUACAGAGCAUUGCUGCAGACCACAGGUGGCAGAGUUUUGAUAGUGAUUGAUGGAGACGAUAAUUACUGAGGAGAAGACGAAGAAGAAGGUACUGUGAUCUCGCGUUGGGCUCGAAGGAAAGUGGCUUUACAGUUCAAUGAGGAGUGCCUCGAUGGAAGAAGAAGUUUCAUCUUUUCGUGGAACAAACAACACCGAGAGAUCCAUGAAGAAGCGCUGUUGCAUUACUUUGAUCCAAGCAAGAAAGGUCAGAAGUUUGAACAUCAACCAAAACCAAAACCAUUACACUUGCCAGUACCUAAAAUAAUUCCGGCACCAGCCGUUGAAAACGAUGAAGAGGUAUGACAGCCUAAGAUAAACUUGUUGUCGCUAUCAUUGGUAAUUUUGUUUUGACGAGAGAAUGGUAGUAACUGGAAAAUCGUAAAAGGGAUGGGCGCAAAAAUGUGCUGGUAGAAAGAGAAAUAUUGAGAAUCAGUCACUCUGUUUGUCAAUCAUUCAGUUUGUUUGCCAAUCAGUCAGUCAGUC